AAAAUUUACAAGGGCAAUGCUUCGCCAACAUAACGGGCUGAAAUGUCACUAGCGGUGUGAGGUUAGGGGUGUUAUUAGGUAACAAAUAAAUAAAAAUUUGAUGGCUUCCCUUUUGAGACAAUUCACAAGGACCUUGCGGUCACCCGUGGCCCGCAAUGGGGUCUGUGCCACCGCUAUCAGAUUCAAACAUUCGGAAGCAGCCCCUGCAGAAGAGACACGCCAUACGGUCAGAAAGCCGGACCUUUUGGCCCGCUCCCAGCUGAAAGACUUUGGAAAAUACUGCGCUGAAUGCCUUCCAAAGUACAUCCAGAAGGUGCAAAUCACUGCUGGCGACGAGCUCGAGCUGUUGAUAGUCCCCGAGGGGGUGCUCCCUGUGCUGCAGUUCCUCAAAGACCAUCACAAUGCCCAGUUUGCCAACAUAACGGAUAUCGCAGGCAUGGAUGUCCCGAGUCGCGAGUACCGCUUUGAGGUGAUUUACAACCUCCUGUCUUUGCGCUUCAACUCCCGGAUUAGAGUCAAGACGUACACUGACGAGUUGACGCCGCUUGACUCCGCCUGCGAUAUCUACAAGGGGGCCAACUGGUACGAGCGCGAGAUUUGGGACAUGUAUGGGGUGUUUUUCGCAAAUCACCCCGAUUUGAGGCGGAUUCUCACCGAUUACGGGUUCGAGGGGCAUCCGUUCAGGAAGGACUUCCCCUUGAGCGGCUAUGUCGAGGUGAGGUACGACGAUGAGAAAAAGCGCGUGGUGGUUGAACCGCUCGAGUUGGCUCAGGAGUUCAGGAAGUUUGAGCUGUCGGCCCCCUGGGAGCAGUUCCCCAACUUCAGGAAUGCGCCCCCCACUGCCGAGGAGGUUCCAGUAGAGGAGAAGAAGUGAUUAGGUAAAUGUUAAAUAAUAAAGUUGUGUUUUAUGCAAA